GUAAAUUGUGUAGGCCUUGUGCUGAAAUAUAUAUUGUAGUAAUAAUACAGUAUUUUUCACAGGUAAGAAAUUUGGAAAUAUAUGACAUCAUACAUGUGCACAGUUACCCAGGCUUCAGGUGGCAGUACUCAACUGAGAAAUUGUCAGCUUCAAUACAUUGGGAGAUUAAUCAUUAUAUGAGUUGACCUUUGUCGACCCUCGAGUUUGGGAGGUCCAUACACAUUUGGAAUACAGUCUGCCGACUUUGGACAGAUAAGCUGUUAUACUGUUAUAGCUUUUGUGUGUGGUGGUGGUGUGGAAAGCAACCUAACAGAAGCAAUUACCAAAAUAUUUGAAUUGAGGGCCACUCCAGGGUACAGUUCAGACUAAGUACUGGAAGUUUACCAUGAUUUCUCCUAAAAUUGCCAAAUAUAGGUAAACAACAAAGCCUAGAACAAUCAAGAUUACAUGCCAAAGUUUGUACCAAUAUGGAUGCCAGCCUGACAGUCCCCCUUUCUCCAGUGGCGAAAAAUUCAUUUGGAGAAAAUGAAUCAGUGAAACUUUGCACAAAGCCUCCAGUUUCUCCCCGGCCUCAGUCUGCCUCUCCCAAACCUCAGCAUAGUGAUGAUGAUAUCAGACUGGGUGGUCCUUGCCAUUCAAGGAAGAGGGGUUCAUGUGAGUCUUCAAAGCUUGGAAGUCGCGCUAGAUCAGCUUCAGCAGGAAGAAAUCCUCAAAAGGACUUGAGAGCUAGGUACUGGGCAUUCUUGUUUGAUAACCUGAGUCGUGCUGUUGAUGAGAUCUAUCAGACCUGUGAGAUGGAUGAAAGCAUACUGGAAAGCAAGGAAGCUAUCAUGAUGUUAGAAACCUACAUUAAAGAUUUCCAAGCAUUAAUACAGUGGCUGAACCUGAGUAAAGAUUUCGAAAACACACCUCCACCUAACAGGCCUGUGUCUCUUGCAUGGGAAGUACGCAAAACAUCCUCACCAGGAAGAGCUGCAUGGUGGCCUGCCAGUGUUGAUAAAUUGCUACCAUCAUACAAAACAACAAAGAGAACUUUUGAUUUUGACAGUAAUAACAUGUUGAAGGUGACAUCUGUGGCAACCCAAACUCUGUGUGAUAACAUGUCUGGUGACUCGGCAAGCUUAUGUGUAAAAAUGCCAGCAGGUUGCCAAAGAAUAACACCUGAUCCAACAAUAAAGACAUCAGUGAUUGGUGAUGAAACUAUCAUGUUCCCAUCCAAUUCAGCUGUUCCCUUGGUAUCCGAUAAAAUAUUGGCUAAUUCAACUCUGACACCAUCAUUAGUUGGCAGUACAGUUACAGCUGAUUCAUAUACUUCAACUGAAGUUAAUAAAGUAAUAGUCAGUUGCCCAGCAUUAAGGUCAGUUUUGACAGGAGAAAAAGAUUUGCCUUUACUCCCAAGUCAUAAGGGUAUAGUUAUGUCUGAAAAUCCAUUAAUACAAAAUCAACAUAUUAGCAAAAUUAUAUCAUUUUCUAGUUCUGACCAGUUUUUGACUCUCGAUGAUGAAGGAACAGAAUUACCAAUUUCAGUGGAUUUUGAUAUGCCAUCUGCUUCUCAAGAAGGAGACAUGACAAAAACAUUAGAGAUAUUUGUUGGUAAAGUUGAAAGUUCUCCAGAAUGUUACAUGCAAGGAACGGAUAAAAAAUGUAAAAUUCAUAACAUCCACUAUAAGGGGAAACGUCCUGAAAGUAAUCACAUUUCUGAGCUUUGUGAUUGGUCAUCAGACAAAUCUGAAGAAUUAUGUGUGCAGACAAGUACUUCUUGCUAUUCAAAACUCAAUAGUCCAGAUCAGAUUUCCUGUACUCCUGUUAUAAGUAAAAUCUCACAAAGUCAUUCAGAAAUUGAAAAAUGUUCAUUUACUCCUAACAUGACCAGUGUAACAGUAAGCACACAAGUUGAGAAAGAUCCUUCUUUGAUACCAUGUGCUAAUGAAGGUUUAUAUAGCACACAAACAUCAGUAUACUCAUUAGAAUCUACUGGACCAAAAGAGAUUCAGCCAGAUUCAACUGAAAGUUUUCCUGUUAUAGAAAAUCAUGAUACCCAAGUUAGUCAAGAGCUAACUUCAAGUCCUGUAACUAUUAAAGCUUCUGGAUCAACUAAGAAACAGCAUGAAUCAUUAUUAACACAGUCUCAGAAUUCUCUAAAAAGUACAGCUACUUCUACACAAGUGCAUGAUCAUGUAUCUAAAGUUAAACAACCGUAUAAUCAGGUUUCAAGAACACUGUCUAAACAGCCACAGCAAAAUACAGUUACAACUGUUUCUAAACCAUUACAACAAAUUCAGACGUCCAUGACUGUCUCUAAGCAACAGCAGCAUCAGAGCCCAGCCUCUACAGCUGUUAAGCAACCACAUCAUACCCACACUCCCAUAACAGUUUCUAAACAACCACAUCAAACCUGUGUUUCUUCACCAGUUUCUAAACAACCACAUCAAACCUGUGUUUCUUCACCAGUUUCUAAACAACCACAUCAAACCUGUGUUUCUUCGCCAGUUUCUAAACAAGCACAUCAAACCUGUGUUUCUUUACCAGUUUCUAAACAAGCACAUCACACCUGUGUUUCUUCACCAGUUUCUAAACAACCACAUCAAACCUGUGUUUCUUCACCAGUUUCUAAACAACUAUAUCAAACCUGUGUUUCUACUCCAGUUUCUAAACCACAUCAAACCUGUAUAUCUACACCAGUUUCUAAGCAAAUGCAGUACAGUCUUGUCUCUACAAGCUUUGCUAAACAACUGCAAAUAAGCAAGACUUCUACAACUUUCUCUAAACAAUCACAAAAAAUGUGUACAGCUGUAUCUGACCAGCCUCAAAAAAGUCAGUCUACCAUGCUGAUAAGUAAACAACAUCAGACAUCCACAGCUAUGAUCAAACAUCAAAAUAAUAUAUCUGCUAGUGUGACUAAACAAAGACAAAAUCUGUCAUCAAAUACUGCUACUAAACAGUUAAGGCAUUUUCAAGUUGCAACAUCUACACAACCAGUGGUAUCAAAACAGUCUUUUAGUAGCAGUGCUGUUAAAUCAUCAGGAACAAUUACUAUGACCCAAAAUCUUCCAAGAAAGGUUGAGUCAGUUGAUAGUGUGGAAGCUUCAUUGUGUGAAAGUGGACAGAAGAUGGGUUCAUCAUCAUCAUCCCUAAGCAGCUCAUCUAGUGGUCAGAGCUGGGCUGACAAGGUCAGAAGGUCAACUUCAGAACUGUCUGAUAAGUUUAAGGGAUUAAAACAAGAACAGUAUGACAAAACCAAAGUUUCAGAACUGUCUGAAAAUUCCAAAGCAUUACCUGCAGAACAUAAAGAGAUUAGCUCAGAACUUAAAAUGAAUAUUGAACCAUUUGUAUCAACACCUGACAGAGAUGAUGAUGAUUCUGGUGGUUGGGAAACUGUGUAUCGUUGGCGUGGCAGGUCACGGAACUCUCCUCUUAAGAGAAUGAGUCCUGGAGUCUCUGAAUCUAAAUCCACAGCUUUAGGCAUGGCUAAAGUCAUGGUUGUGACCCCUCCAAACAAGCAGUCUUUUGGAUAUUCUCAAAAGUUUUUAAGAAAAGAGGAGUCAAAACAUAGAAAGUCAAUUCUCAUGCAAAGAAAGGCAGAUCAGCAUGUAUAUAAAGUAUGUACUCCCAGGAAAGGCCCAACCACUGCUCAUUCUAUGCCUGCAUUGAACUUUAGCCUUAAUGCAUCAGAAAAAAAAGACUCUGGACAGUCUCGGGGGCAUAAGAAAGAAUCUAUGUUUGAAAAAAGGAAAAAUAAUAAAGGGAAGGCUUUAUCUGCUAAUGACUUGAGAAUUCAUGGCAAUAAAUCUGACAAUGAUUUCACCAUUCCACAAAAAAAACAGAUCAAGACCGACAGACGAAUUGAUAAAAGAUGUAAUUCGGGCAACAGAAAAAUGAAUCAGGCAGACAUUGCCAGUAAAACACUUUUCUCAACUCGCCAAACCUUGAAAAAUAUAAGAUCUUCUCACAUGACACUGGAAUCCAAGGCUUCAUCUAGUACUGAUUCUUCAACAACUAUUUCUGAUGAAAAAAAUAUUUAUUCAAGGAAAGAAAAAUGUCAAAAUGUGUUUGGGAAUGUUUGUUUGGAUGAUGCUUUGACUUCAAUUAAAAGGGAAAAUCACCUGAGAAACAGUCAAACUGUAGACUAUAAUCAGUUUAGUGAGUCUUCUCUUAAUUAUUUUACUGGUCAGAACAACUUAGUAAAGCAACCCAUUUUAGUUAGUGGAACACAAAUUAAGGAAGAAAAACAUAAUGGAAAAAUAUCCUCUCUUGAACUGCACAUUUCCAGGAGUUCAUCACCUGAAGGGAAAAUAAGAGACAGAAAUAUAGAUGAUGAAUUACAGUUAUUAGAAGAUAAAGACAUGAAUCAAGUUGAGGCUAUGGAAGGUCCUGAUUGGAAUGAUGCUUUACUAGAAGAAGCUCAGGAGUGGGUUCAUUCAUUAGGCCUUUCCUGGGGUGAUCAGAUGGAAUAUCUUGAACUGGAACUUCGAACUCCUGGCAGAGCACUCCAGAUGCAUGAAAAGUUAUCUUCCCCUUACAGAAAAAAGUCCCGUUCUGAAACCAUUCGGCGUCAUGAAGAGAGGUUGGCUAAAGCUCAAGAACAAAGAGAAAAGUUCUUAGAAGAAAGAGCUCAUAAAUUUAAAGAUAUAGUCAAGAAAGCAGAAGAAAUGAAAGCAUGGAAAGAAGAACAGAAGCUGCAGAAAAGGAUAACUAUGGAACAGAAACUGUUGCGUGCAGAGCAAAAACGAAAGAUACAACUUCAGAUGAUUAAACGGAAAGCUCAUGAUGAAGAAGAAAAGGUUAAUGAAAUAGCUUUCAUCAAUACCCUAGAGGCACAAAACAAGUGGCAUGAUAUUAUGACUAAAAGAAAAGAUCAUGAAGCUCGGUUACAAGAUAUUCAGGAAGAGCGCCAAAGAAGACAAGAAGAGAAAGCAGCUAAAGAAGCUGCAGCUGAAGAACGGCGUCGUGUACUGGAAGCAGAAAGAGUGGCCAAAUUACAAGAAAUACAGGAGAAAAGAAAACUAAAGGAUAAAAAGAUAGAACAGCAGCAACAGGAGAAGGAAAAAGAGAGGCAAGAGAUAGCCAGUCAGAAAGCUAGAGACAGAGAACUGAGGUUACAAGCACUAAGUGCAGCCCAACAGGCUGUAGUAGAAGGACUACAGAAGAAAAUUCAGCAAAAGCAAGAAGAAAGUGCCCGUCGUCAUGAGGAAAACAUGGAACAGAUACGACAGAAGGCUUUUGAACUUAGUGUUCGACGAUAUUCUUCUGUAAAUGAUGAUGUGCCACGACUUGUGCCUUAUGAAGUGAAAAAAAUGUGUAUUUUAUGUAAUGUGUUGAUUGGUUCCGAAGUUUAUUUGUUGAGCCACUUGCUUGGGAAGAAACACCAGCAAGCUAUUAAAGAACAGUAUCAAGGUUACGACCCCUCUACAGAAGAAGUGGAAUCUUACAAUUUAAAACACAUUCUUGAUGCUCCUGCUGAUAAAAUGGACCCAGAACUUGCCCUAGAUAAGGAAAGGCAGAAAGCCUUAAAGAAACGGUGUAAGAAAUUACGGCAAAGGAUGACUUCAAGGGGAACAGAGUAUGAAGCUUUAUGGGCUGAAACUGUUGGCCCGAUGGAAUCAGAAAACAAAACAAAGAUACACAAGAAUUUAAAAGAGAUAGCUAAGUGCCUAUCUAGUCAAAGAUCGGGACCAUUGGAAAGUAGCCUGGUCAGUAGCCUGGAUAGAGCUUUAGGAGAGCUACAAAGAAUAUUUUCAAAGAGCAGGACUGAUGAUUUAGAAGUUUUUAAUGGAUUACAGGGCAUAUCUACUCUAAUGAAAAUUGUUGGAGUCAUAUCAGAAACUGCUUCAAAAGUUGGACUUGUAAUACCCAGUAGGGUUUUGGAGAAGGUGUGUGUGGUGCUUAGUACUGCUUGUGGAAUCCAGAAGAACUGUUAUUACAUGGUCUUCAGUAAUAAACUUGGAGCUCUCCUUGACUACUUAACACUUCGUUUGAAUGGGUUGUUUCAGGGUGACACUGGUCAGCUGAUGACGAAUUCUCCUGGGUCAGUAAUGGUCUUCCUUCCUGUUGAUAAACUAGCUGGCAUGCUGAUGCAUUUACUGGCUGUGGCAUUUAAAGGUUUAGGUCAUCCUUCAAGAACUGAACAUCAAUAUUGUAAAAGCUCACUCUUUCCUCAAGAUUUAAAGAACCAAGAAGAAACCCAGCAGUGGGUUCUGGAUGUUGUGAGCUACACUGUCAGUAUAGGUGUUGUGGACAAACUAUGCCAAUACCAUAAUAUUGUGCGUAGUCCUAUAGAUGGGUGCCAAGAUGUACCAGAGUUUUUGCUUCAGAGUCUGGAUUUUCUGACUUCUUUAGCAGACCUUUUGGCAAUGAGACAUGAAAAGAUAUUUGAGAAGAAGAGACCAGAAGAUAUCACCCAGUUAGUUGCCACAUUUCAAGUAACAGAAUUGGUUGGAAUAGUGUCUCUGCUGUAUGGUAUGUUGCUGCAUUCUGGAGCACCCUCACGUGGUGAUACUCCACCACCUGAACUACCACAUCAAACAGUAAUGGUGACAGUGGCAGCAUUAAAACUUUUGAACCAGAUAGCUGUUCUUGAUCUCCAAAUGGUCCAGAGUGUUCUCGGAGGAGAAGGUCUAUCUUUGCAGCUGCGACAUAUUGCCAGCUACCUGAUAUGGUAUUGUUCCCACUGGGAACUGCAAGACCUUUUACAUGAAGUUGUUCUUAUGGUUGGAUACUUUACUGUCCUAAACCUUGAUAACCAGACGAUCCUUCAGUCAGGACAGCAGCCUACAAUCCUCCAACAACUGUGUGCUCUACCCUUCCAGUAUUUUAGUGAUUCCCAGCUUAUGACUUUAUUAUAUCCCACACUUAUUUCUUGCUGUCAUGAUAACAGUCACAAUAGGGCUAUCUUGGAACAGGAGAUGAGUCCAGAGCUGUUAGCAAAUUAUAUAGAAGAGUGUCUGUUGGAUCUUUAUCAAGCUUCCUCGUCUUCAAAUAGAAAGAAAGAUGAGAUAGAUAUUCGGUGGAUGUUGGCUAAUAGGUUCCCAAAAGACAAAUGGACAGCUGCUAAACAGUUCUUCACAGACACGUGACACAUAACUGCUCUUUUUAGCUUCCAUUGCUAAACACAUCCACUUGUAGUUGAAUGUGAUACAACUAAUGAAGAUUUGAAAAUUAUUAUAUAAGAAUUAUUGAGCUUAUGCCUUUCUAGGAAUUCUUUUAUUAAUGAAAUAGGUAGUACCUUAUUUGUAAUUAUAGAUUCAAACAAAAUGUGUGUAUAGCAUGUGUGCUGCAUGAUACAGGAAACAUGGUAUCCAAUUCAAGCUAAAGCUAUGAAUAUGUAAUUUUGUGAACUAAAAACGUGUUAGUAAAAAUACUAGGAUAAAUUUAUGUGAAGAACAAUCUGAAAGUCAUGUUUUUCCUUUAAUACUUUGUAGUGUUGGUUGAAUUUAAACAUGUUAGUAAAAAUACUAGGAUAAAAUUGUGUGAAGAAAGUUAUGUUUUUCCUUCAAUACUUUGUAGUGUUGGUUGAAUUUAAAAGAGUUUAUCCAAGAAAGAACUUUGAGUGUUUUCUAUAAAACAAAUUACUUUAGUGAAAAACAAAUGUAACUAUUUAUAAUUAGAUAAUCAUUUCAUUUCUAUAACUUAUGUUAAGUAUAGCUUUCUGCAGUAAAAAUAAUGAAAGGUUUAUUUUCAGGGAAUAUAUUGUCUUUUUUUUUUCUGUAAGUGGGAUUUGUGCAAGGCCUCAUAUCUUGUAUAUAAGAUUAUUUUUAGAAAAUGCUUUUCUCUAAUGAACUUUUAAAGAAACUGAUAUUUUUCAUAACUUAAUUUUCUUCAUUUUAGGGCUAUUUGAAUCUCUCCUUUUUUUAACAAAUGAAGUGUAUAAAUAUUGAAGGUUACAGUGGAAGAUAAAAGAAGAAAUAGAAUUUAUUCUUAAUAAUGCAUUUCAGAUGAAUCUUACAGAUAAAUUGCUGUUACCAAGUGGAAAAGUUGUUUGUUUUGUUUUAAUACUAAAAUCAAUUCUGUGCUCAAAAAAUGUAUAACAACCUUUAUUCAUGUUUUUGGUAAUGACUGUUUAUAAAUACACUUGAAUCUUUACUAGAAUGUUGAUGUGUUAUAACAAUUGUUUACCUAAUUAGCAGUUUAUAUUUUACUACAUUUCAAAAUUAUCCAGGGAAUAUCGAUUUUAGAACUGACAGAAAUCUUACAAGAUCAAGCUAAACAAACCUAUGUUAGCAAGGGUAAACAAGCAAGGUGUAUGUAGUAUAAUAAGACAACAUCUACUUUGUGUUUAUUUCACACAAUAACAUAUUACGAACUGAUAUCAUUAUUGGGCAAACGAAUUGGCAUCUUGUUUUAAUGUAUAGAAGCAUAUCUGUAUGUAUAUACAACUGUAUACUUCCUUAUGUAAUAAGCUUGUAAAGUUUCUUCUAAUGUGUAUAUCAUAUAAAAAUAAAAGUACAAUAAAUGAGUACCAAUGAAGUAA